AUGUCAACCCUAGGCCUCGAAAACCGGGCAAAGAAAAAUCCUCUGCUUGCCCGGUUCGUCUCGGAGGACGAAUCAGAAGUCAUCACGGUGAUCUACCGCCGGGCAGCCGACGUAAAACUUUCGUUCUUUGAACCCAAAGAUGUUUCCGAUUUUGGUCCGAUCGAGGAUGUGGCCAAUCUCUUCGUGCCACCUGGCUCGCGGGUACUGGCGAAACGCGCGUUUACAGCUACACCCAGACGAACUACACGCACGUAUUAUCUGUACGAGUUUGUGACUGGAAAGGGGCCGAAGGCGCUGCAUGGUGCUAUGAGUGUGAGUGUAGCGAGGGGACAGGUGUAUCUGAUGGCUGCUACUGCUCCUGAGGAGAAGUGGCGACCUGCUGCUGCCAGGUUGAGAGCUGCUGCUGGGGCGUUUUUAUUGGUGAUUUAA